CAGCAGUGUUUCCUGUCAUCCUAACAGUGACAGUGGAAGGAAAGCGGCGAGCAUCAGUCGGAGUGAUAAUCCGAGGGAGGGAGGAGAGGCAGAGCGCACCAGGAUGCUCUGCUCUGCGCCCGGACGCUGCCUGCUCUCCUUAGACUCUCCAAGGAGGCUGUGAUGGAGACAAGAUGAACCGAGCGAGGUGUUUUUCCGCGGGAAGUCGGGCGUCAUCACCACAAAAGGCUCUUUCGGGGAAAGUGGAGGAAUACGUCCCGUUUUGCUUGAUUUUUGUGGAUUAUGGACCGUAGCAGCGACGUACCCCCAAAGAGAUGCUACUUGUUCCUCUCUGCUAAUAUUCUUCAACACCAAAUCGACUAUUUUCAUUCCUCUAGAAAAUGUUCAACCUCACGUGAAAUCUUCUGUUUGUCAUUUUUUUCCUGUGCGACGUAGACGCGCGUGCGAAGGCGCCGCUUGUCAGACAGCAUGAUCCAAUAUUUUGAUAUACCGUUAUUUUUGUGGUAUGUGUUCCGCUCCAGUGCGCAUGCCUAGCGGUGGAUGUAGAAUGCCGCCCGACACCACUUCUUCGCCUCGUCCUGACCACGAUGUGGGAGCAGGAGUGGAGGGAGCGCAGGACUGAAGGAGGAUGCGUUGGCAGCGGCGUGAACACCAAAAAGGAUUUUUUUGGGUCUUGUGUUCCUUCACGAAAUAGCCCAGAUUGUGCCAUAAACUGAAGAAUGUCAGGACCACCAAAUGCGGAGGCUGAAGGAGUAGUCUCCAAAGUACAAGUCAAAAAGGAGAUUAAGACAAUCGUGGAGAAUUUGGAAACUAUCUUGGGAGACCUGAAGGAUGUGGCCAAAGAACUAAAAGAGGUUGUUCAUGAGAUUGACACCCUGACUUGUGACCUGCAACUGGAGGAGGAAGGACUAACCGACAGCUCAAAGACUGACACGCUCAACUCCAGCUCCAGCUCCACCACCACCACUACAACUGCUUCUAGUCUGGAGAAGAUGAAGCUCCUUCCAGAGGAAUACUUUUUUAAAACCCAGGUGCCCUUCAAUCCGGUUCCUGUCAACCCCUCGGCGGUGUUGACCGUCCUGAAGAAGCCACACCCGCCCCUGCCACCGCCAAGACUCACCUCACAGAGGGCUGAGGAUCACAGCGUCAAAAGUCUGCCUCAUCCGACAUUAGUUUUAUCAGGGAAUAUUUCAAAAGCUAACGGGUCUUUAUUUAGGAACGGCGGGCUCUUCCCACUGAAGCCAAACAAGGAUUUAUUCUCCUCUACUCCGUGCUUCAUUUCCAAUGACGGCGGGAUUCCUGAAUCAGGUCUUGUUCCCACGUUGCCGAAGCCCAUGCCGCUUCUGCGGCAUGACAAGAACAAAUGCCCGAAGGCCCCCGGCAGGGAACCCCGCGAGAGAGAGCGUGUCCGUUUCAGUGAGAAGGUCCAGUAUCACGGCUACUGCCCAGACUGUGACCUCCAAUAUGAUGUCGACGAGACAGAACUCCACUUACAGGCUGAGCUGAGCGACCUGCGGCUCAGCCCUGUGCACUGCUGCUCCUCGUCGCCCCCCCCUUCCCAUCCUCUUUCUCACGAACUAUUGUUGGAAAAUGGAGGGCUCCCCGUCAGCCACAGCUUUCCACCAACAACAAACACUCUUCCACCUUGUGUGCCUCCUCACGCACCUUCCCUAAAGCCCCAUAAAACAAUCCUACGCAAAUCAACCACCACCACGGUUUGACACCAAGCCCCUUCUGUUAUGUCGUAUCCCAAACAGUCUUGAAUAGUUGCGUGUUUUUUAACCUCGUGAGCGCCUUCUACUCCAAUUGAACUUUGGAUUAUCCUGACAACAAUAGGAAGGGUCGGGAAACAGGAAAAGAGGGAUAGAGUGCAUGGAAAAGGGAAGAAAGGCAGCACCAUGCGGUCGUCGACGACGACACAGAAAUCCAAAUGAGACGGGCCCAUUGAGAUACUUGAGUUACAAGAAAAUGGGAUGAUUGCCUGAGACAACUGAUCGGCCAUGGCUGAUCAGACCUGGAGGAGCGGGAGCAAAAAAUCAAACAUCCUUUCUGAGAUGAAUAAAGUGCUAACUGCUCUCAACAGACAGAGGAGUCUAAGAAAUUCAUAUUUUAAUUUUGAAAACUGGCAUAAGAUUACUGUCAACCAAGCAAAAAAAAGGCAAACUAAAAGGACAGCCACCGUAUUUCAAAGCAGACAGAUGAAUUUAGAGCUGUGAUAAUACGUUUGCUCAGACAGAUAGCUGAACCAAAAGGUUAAAACACUGCGAGACCUUAUCAUCAAAAGUUAUGAGGCGAGUUUAAAUGAAGCUGUGCAAGACGGGGUGAAAUGAUGUAAGCCACAAUUUGAUUGAUGCUUGCACAUACUUUUGCACCGCGCAUACUUAGAUGGAAAUCAAUAGCUCCACUCGACCGAUGAUAUUUUCCUUUUAAGCAUUGUAAUUGUUUGUGUUUGAAGAGACCAAUAGGUCUGACUGUGAGAAAAAAUACUGCUCUGCUGGACUGCAGAAAAGGAUAUGAUGUCAGUAUGUGCCAUAUCACAGUCACAGAAGACCAAUGUUUUUAAAAAUCAGUGACAAUGUGGUUAUUGGUCCAUGUUCAGAUGUUCAAUCCACUGGCUCCAUGCGUCCACGGUUUCACAGUUACAUAAAAGAAAGGUGUGCCGUGUCCUGUAGUUACAGCUUUAAAGGGUUAUUGACAAAGUAAUAAUUUGCAUCAAAUUUUAUUUGUAUAAAAUAUACACAUACAUGUUUGAUAUCAAUGUAUUUCAGGCAUUUUUCUACAGAGACUUUAACAUUUAAAGAAGCAGUAUUUUUGAUAUGUUGGUAGAUGUGUGAGAGUUUUUCUUUUUUGGUUGGUUUGUUCUAUUUUUCUUUACUGAUGAAAGCUGGCAUUCCCUCACAGUUUGUGAAAGUCAUUUACAUAUUCUGGAUAGAGUUGCUUGGAUGAAAAACGUUAGUGUUGA